AUGAGCCGUCACAAUACAAUCACAAGCCCUUCUGCACAGCCAGGACAAGACGUCAUCGCAGGCCCCAUACUCGAGUCCAGUCCAUCGAAAUCACAAUCGUCAGGGUCAAAUUCAGACGUCGACUCGGCAAUCGGCGAAAGACGUCGUCCAGGAACACGGCAAUCGAAACCGAGAUCACGAAAUGGAUGCUGGACAUGUCGACAAAGAAAGGUCAAAUGUGACGAAGUUCGACCGGUCUGCGCAUCAUGCAGCCGAUUAGGAAAAGAGUGCGAAUGGGGUGCACGCUACAAAUUUGACGACCUGAGCAUGCGCACCCGACGGAGGCACAAGCAUGUGUCGGUUGUCGGGAGUCCAUCAUGGGAUGACAAGAACCAAACACGCAUGAUGGCUCGACAACUAUAUACCCGGCAUCAACCAACACUGCCACCAUUCACCGAACUCAGUAACGAAGACGAGAGAGAAAGAAAAGCCCUAACGCAGCCUGCUGGGACCUACAAUGUGAUCUUGGUACCGGAUAGCUUCGGUCGACUACCGGAAUAUGGUGGCUUGAUCAGACGAUAUCGAAGUGGAAACGGAUCUGUACCCUACGGUUUCUCGGAGGAUCCUAACCUUGUUGUGCUCUCCGAAUUCGAGGACACUCCCUACUUCAUGGCUAUUCCAGAGCGCAAGUCUUCUGCCACGAGUUACACAACCCAAUUUCCUACCCCAACUUCCAUCCCCCGGGAACUCACGAAUCACGGAGCUGCAGAUAUCGACGAAGUCAUGGCACACUAUAAAGAGUUUAUAUCCAAAAGGAUGAUGCCUCUUGGAUCCAGAUUUAAAUUGAGCGAGCACGGUCAAGACGAUGUUAUCGUUCUUGAAUCACGUCGAUUUCCACCAUUAUAUCACGCCAUUUGCGCCAUCACAUUGCUGAGCCUGGCGCUCAAAGGACAACGACAUCUUUUAGCGGGAGCCUUUCAGCAUUACCAACAAGCCAUUUCUGCAUGUAUAUCGAGUGCAGACAUGUCACAAGGAUCUUUCAUAUAUCUUCAUUUCAUUCUCCUUCUUUACGACAUCUGCUGUGCGACUCAGAACUGUUCACCGGAUGGAAACAUGUGGUCGCAGCAUUUCCAACAGCUGGCUCGUCUGGCAUACUCCCGAGACAACUCUGAGAUUACAGAGUUACAAGCAUAUAUCCUGUGGUACACCCUUUUCCUGGACGCACAAUCCUGUCUAGCUGGAAAUGCAGAAUCUGGGAGUUUCGUACGAGCAUACUUGAUGCACGGAUCAAAUUUACCAACCUGGCGCAAACCAGAACACUCAACACAACAGCCCAACCUUGAAAUCGCGGGUCUAACCGCUGUCUCUGACCUCAGCAAAUACAUGUGCACACGAUUGGCCGAAUUGAGUCAGCUGGCAUUGCAGAUGCGAGAAGAUGUUGAGAUGGGCCGUGGUAGUCUUGCAGAGCAUCAAGACGCUAUAACGACAUUCAGGAACGAAUCGUAUUCUUCUUGGAAUAUCAAGUAUCCUUCAUUCUUACCUCGAGACUCACCAGAGGCCGGUACGAGACUGCCAGCCCUUGCUCGGACAGUAUUCGACUUUGCAUCUCUUCAGUAUUCUACGUCCAUGGUGUAUCUGCACACAAGCAUGUAUCGUGGGCAACGUAUGCACAUGACGUCUGCUCAACGUAAAGAAGUCGCCAAUCAUUGUCGUCACAUUCUGGCCAUGGCGGCUUUGGUGGUCGCGGAAAAGAGCACCGAACAACACCACAUCAUUUUCGCCGUCUUUCUCGCCGGGGUGAACUGCGCCAACGACCACGAUAAAAACCGGGCUAUUGGCAUCAUUCGCGCCAUGGAAGGCACUGGCAUCAGCUGCAACGUUACCAAGUCUCGUGAGCUACUUGAAGCUGUAUGCGCAGAGCAGAGAGAAAGAGUCCAAUUCGGCGGCAAUGCUACUGAAGUCGAUUGGGUCUCUUUUGCCAGACAGCGCGGCAUCAGACUUGUCAACCUCGGUGUCUGA